GUAACAACAGUGUUCAGUCAGCAACCUAGCUAGCUAGCUAGUUACAGCAAAUUAUGGAUGUCUUCAACUGUGUAAUAGGUCUUUGUUGUUUUGCCUGGAUCACCAUCCAAGCCUUCUAUCUUUUUGCAAGACGAAGCAAAGGCAUAGCCAGAGAGCUUCUUCCACCAGGACCAAAGCCGUUUCCAUUGAUUGGGAAUCUGUUUGAGCUUGGAGACAAACCACACGUCUCUCUUGCCAAGCUUUCCCAACGCUAUGGCCCCAUUAUUAGUUUGCAACUAGGUCAAUUAACCACUGUUGUAGUUUCUUCUCCAGAUCUUGCCAAAGAAAUCCUCCGAACCCAUGACCAAGUCUUCUGCAACCGAACCCUCCCGGAUGCAAUCCACGCCUGCAACCACAGCGGGUACAGCAUGGCCUGGCUUCCUGUAUCAGCAAGAUGGAGAAAUCUACGCACAAUAUGCAACUUGCAGUUAUUUUCCCCGAAAGUUCUCGAUGCCAACCAAGCCAACCGACACGUAAAGGUGCAGAAGCUCAUAGAUGAUGUCAAUGAAAGCAUGAGAGCCGGGGAGGCAAUAGAUAUAGGAAGGGCUGCUUUCACAACCACUCUCAAUUUGUUAUCGCAGACGAUCUUCUCUGUGGAUUUUGCUGACCCGAGUAGUGAGACAGCUAGGGAGUUCAAGAAGACUGUUUGGGGUAUGAUGGAAGAGAUAGGCAAACCAAACUUGGCGGACUAUUUCCCUUUGCUUAGGAAGCUCGACCCCCAAGGCAUAAGGAGGCGCUUGACCUAUUACUUCCAGAAAACAGUAGACAUUUUUUAUCAAAUGAUCCAUCAAAGGUUGGAAUCAAGAAGAGGGGACAAUUAUAUCACAACCAAUGAUAUGUUGGAUAUACUUCUGAACAUCAGUGAAGAGAAAAAGGAGGAUAUGGACAUGCCCGAAACUCAACAUUUGUUCCUGGACCUAUUUGCUGCUGGCACGGAUACAAGUUCAGCCACAUUGGAAUGGGCAAUGGCCGAACUACUACGCAACCCAGAAGUUCUUUCGAAAGCACAAGCGGAACUCCAUCAAGUGAUUGGAAAAGGGAAACUAGUUGAGGAAUCAUACGUUGCUAGACUCCCUUACUUACAAGCAAUACUCAAAGAAACAUUGCGGCUUCACCCAACAGUUCCAUUGCUACUUCCCCGGAAAGCAAAAGCAAACAUAGAAAUUGGCGGGUACGUAAUCCCGGAGGGUGCUCAAGUUCUGAUCAAUGUUUGGGCCAUUGGCAGAGACCCAAUCACUUGGGAAAAUCCUUACUCUUUCAAGCCGGAGAGGUUCUUAGGAUCAGACAACCAAAUUGAUGUCAUAGGAAAAAACUUUGAUCUUAUUCCGUUUGGUGGGGGGAGGAGAAUCUGUCCAGGUUUGCCAUUGGCAAUGAGAAUGUUGCACUUGAUGUUGGGUUCACUCCUUAACUGUUUUGAUUGGGAGCUUGAGGAUGGAGCUGUACCUGAGACUAUGAACAUGGAGGACAAGUUUGGCCUCACCUUACAGAUGGCUAAGCCUCUCAGAGCUGUGCCCAAGAAGUCGAAAGGAUAAGCAUUAUUAGUGCAUUAUAUAUAGUUAUAUACUCGGCUUGCCUUUGUCUAUUUCCUCGUCUCCUUGUACUCUACAUUUUCCUCUUCUGUGUGCGUGCGUGAGCGCGUGUUAGUUUUC